AUGGCGUACAACUCUGUUCGACUUUUGUAUGGAGUAGAGCUCCCGCCGAUUGUCAGAAGAAUUGUUCUCGACUUCGGGGAUCGCCACCGCUUUGAAGGAACUUCGUCUGGGCUUGCUUCAUCAGUUGUCUUCUGGGCCGCCAUCACUAACAAGACCGUUCCUGAUCAUUGGGCAUUCACGGGUGGCGUGGACCAUUUGGGAAAUGUUACCUCUGUUGAUGACGUGGUCGACAGUUUGUACGCGUGUUUGGCAGGCCGCAAAGAGAAGCUUAUGAUGUGUGCAGCAGACACUCAUCAGGUGCCAGAGGAAUUCUUGGACUUUGUGAUUCCUGUGACAAAUCUCACAGACGCUUUCAUGAGAAUUGAGCAUCGGAUCCAGUGGAACCGUAGACUCCGAAAUAUACUAAAUGCUCCAUGCUCUCGAGGAUCUUCAGCCGACUCCUAA